AUGAAGCUAUUCUUUUCUCUUCUGUUUUUAUCCUUUUUUUUGGUAUAUGGCAAUGCAUACCCACAAGAUGCGGCCAUUGAUUCAAGUUCCACCAUAGCCCCAUCAUUCUCAGGCCUGGGCUCAUAUGCUACAAACACCUCGAGCUCUACUCCAAGUGCAUCAACUCAGUCUCCGAGCAUUUGUACUCCGACCAAUACUGCCAAUGACAGAAAGUCAUGGUGCGACAGCUUUGAUAUAAGCACAGACUACGAAGAAAACGUACCACAUACCGGUGACACCCGCGAAUAUUGGCUUUCUAUCGAUGAGCUUAUGGCCAAUCCAGACGGGAGAAAAGAACGUCUGGUGAUGGCUGUCAACGGAACCAUUCCUGGACCUUCAAUAUUUGCAAAUUGGGGUGAUGAUGUCAUAGUACAUGUCUACAACAAUCUUACUCAGUCCAAGAAUGGAACCAGCAUCCAUUUCCAUGGCAUUCGUCAGAAUUAUACAAAUCCAAAUGAUGGGGUUGUCUCAUUGACUCAAUGCCCUAUUGCACCCAACCAUACCAUGACUUACAAGUGGAAGGCAACUCAAUAUGGGAGCUCAUGGUAUCAUUCGCAUAUUGGAUUACAAGCCUGGGAGGGUGUCUUUGGUGGUAUUGUCAUCAAUGGCCCAGCAUCCACCAACUAUGAUGAAGAUAAAGGAGUCUUGUUUCUAAACGACUGGUUAAACCAAACGGUUGACUCAUUAUACUUUGGCGAGAGAGUCAAUGGUCCUAGAUUCCCCUGGGGAAAUGGUUUGAUCAAUGGUACAGAGGGCAAAAUAGAGAGCAAUGGGACAGUGACAGGAAAAUUCUCCAAUAUUUCAGUGACUCAAGGCAAAUCAUAUCGACUCCGGGUAGUCAAUGCUGCUAUCAACUCGCAUUACACAUUUCAGAUCGAUCUUCACAACCUGACUGUCAUUGCUGUGGAUUUUGUGCCAAUCGUCCCAUAUACAGCCCCAAACAUACAAAUUGGAAUGGGUCAACGAUACGACGUUAUAUUCACUGCCGAUCAGGGCGAUGUAGCAGACUCUUUCUGGAUUCAAGCAAAGUCCAUGCAGUGCUCGCAAAACUUGAACGACAACACUACGGCCAUUUUAACGUAUAGAGAAACCAAUAAAUUGCCAGCAAUCCGUCUAAAUAGCACGAUCCCAGGAGAUAUCUGUAAAGAUGAACUUCUUACCAACUUGACACCUUAUGUUGGAAAACCCCUUCCACCGCCGACAGAUGCAUCAUGGAACAAGAGCUUGACUACGCAAAAAAAUCAGACAGACCUAACCAGCUUCAAUUACUGGUACAUGAAUCAUACAUCCAUGCAGGUACAAUGGAAAGAUCCUGUUUUGAAGCAGAUAUACCAGGGUCAAUCCCUGAACACCACAAUUGGGCCAUUCAACGCAUCGGAUUCAAACAGCUUUCUCACUGGGUCAAACUUGAUUACUCUCCCAGAUAAGAACGAUUGGGUCUAUCUUCAGAUAAUCAGUGAUCCGAAUGGACCGGGUGAUCAUCCCAUCCAUCUACACGGCCAUGAUUUCUAUAUUCUCGCGCAAGGAAAUUCAUCUCAACCUUUUAAUGGAGUUAUCAAUUACACGAAUCCUCCUCGUCGAGAUACAGCCCUCUUGCCUUUCGGUGGAUACUUGACGAUUGCUUUCAAGACUGAUAAUCCCGGCGUAUGGUUGAUGCAUUGUCAUAUCGGCUGGCAUGUUGAGGAAGGUUUCGCACUUCACUUCCUCGAACUUGAGCAUGAAAUCAAGGGAUUGAUUGAUUAUGAUGAUAUGAAUGUGGUUUGUGAUGAUUGGAACUCAUACGCAAAGGCGAAUAACGUGAACGAGACUCUGAUGUUUGAUUCUGGGGUUUGA